UGCUGUGAAUCAAUGUUCAGCUGGUCUCAACUGCUACGACAGAAAUGUGGCCGGGGAGUUACCGUAUGUCUGUGAAUGUAACGUGCCUUUUUCACAAGGUGUUCAAUGUGAUCAGUCAGCCGACAACCAGGAAGUGUUUACGUGUUAUGGAGAUUCCUGUAGAACUGGGAGCUUCAGCUCCAUCAAUUACCCUGCCGUCUACAACAACAGGUACAGGGCGCUCUACCUUCUGUACGUCCCUGGCGCCACCAGCAUUACAUUCUCCUUCAAUGAACAAUUCGACAUUGAGGAAUUCAAGGAUGAACUGUACGUCGGUGCCGGAUUGAUGUACGAGGACACCCAGAUCAACGGUGAAACCGUCCUUCCCGAUCUCUACUUCUUCGAGGGGACAACCAAGCCCGAUGAUUUCACCAUCUCUGGCGAUGUGUUCUGGAUGUACUUUGGAACUGAUAAAAACAUCCAGAGGACUGGCUUUCAGAUCUCCUGGUCUGCUAUUGUCGAUACCACCCCACCCGUUUUCGUCAACUGCCCCGCAAACAUAAAUGUGAAUGUCGAGAUCGGAACCCAGAGCACCACCGUGACCUGGACCGUUCCCACGGCCGUAGAUGCAAGCGCUGUCACCACGGUCUCCAGCCACAACCCCGGACAGAGCUUCAUCACAGGGACUACCACAACGGUUGUCUACACUGCCACUGACGAGUUUGGAAACAUCGGGCAGUGUGCAUUUACCAUUACUGUCACAGCAACUGACAGCAUUGACCCCGUUGUCACCGUAUCCAGUGGUUUUAUCACCCGGCAAGUUGAGAUUGGGAGCGGGGGCGUGAACGUAUUUUACACCGAGCCGACGGCCACUGAUAACUCCGGCACCGCUGUACUGUUCAGCCGGUCUGCCCAACCAGGGGAUUUCUUUCCUGUUGGUCAAACGGUUGUGACAUACAUUUUCCAGGAUCCGUCCGGGAAUUUCGGCACUGGCACUUUCACAGUCAAUGUGGUGGAAGUUGACACUACUCCACCCGUCGUUACCGUGCCCAGUGGUAUAAUCACCGAGCAAGUUGAGGUCGGUACCCCUGGAAUCAAUGUAUUCUACUCUGAGCCAACCGCUACUGAUAACUCUGGUACCGCUAUUCUUGAUAGCCGCACCCACCAACCCGGCGACUUCUUCCCUGUUGGUCAGACCAUUGUGACCUACACUUUUAGAGAUCCCUCUGGAAACCCAGCAACUGGAACUUUCACUGUCAAUGUCGUAGAAGUUGACACAACUCCACCAGUCAUCACUGUGCCAACUCCUUCCAUUAUCACACGACAAGUGGAAGUUGGCACUCCAGGUGUCAAUGUAUUUUACCAAGAGCCUACUGCUAACGACAACUCUGGCACGGCAAUUCUCGUUUCCCGUACCAACCAACCUGGUGACUUUUUCCCUGUUGGUCAGACCAUUGUGACCUACACUUUCCAGGAUCCUUCCGGAAACCCUGCCUCUGGCACUGUCACUAUCAAUGUUGUAGAAGUCGAUACCACGCCACCUGUCAUUUCCGUACCGAGCACUGUCAUCACCCGCACGGUCGAGCUUGGCACCCCCGGGGUGAAUGUCUUUUACCCCGAGCCUACCGCCAGCGACAACUCCGGCACCGCCAAUCUUGUGUCCCGUACCAACCAACCUGGAGACUUUUUCCCGGUGGGACAAACAGUUGUGACCUAUACUUACCAGGAUCCCUCCGGAAACCCAGCCACUGCGACCGUUACGGUUAACAUUGUUGAAGAGGACACCCAACCCCCUCAAAUCUUUGUGACCACCAACGAAGUCAUUCGCGUGGCUCCUUUCGGUUCUUCCGGCAUCAACGUCUUCUAUACCGAACCUGUGGCUGUCGAUUCCUCUGGCACCACCGAGCUCGUGAGCCGAUCGGCUCAGCCGGGCGAUUUCUUUCCAAUCGGAAGCACGGUCGUGACCUAUGUGUAUCAAGAUGCCUCUGGCAACCAAGCUACAGGCACUUUCACUGUUACUGUUCAAGAACAAGUCGACACCAUCCCACCUACCAUCACAGUCCCCGGAGGGAACAUUGUACGGACUGUAGAGCUGGGGAUCAGCCGUCUCUCUGUGGACUACCCUGAGCCUACCGCCACUGAUAACUCCGGGACGGCCUUCUUGGUGAGCCGAACUGCCCAACCUGGUGAUCUCUUCCCCGUCGGAACCACCGACGUGGAGUAUGUCUUUGUUGAUGCUGCGGGCAACGAUGCAAGGGCCACAUUCACCGUGACCGUCAUUGCCAUUGACACCACCCCACCUAUUGUCAACUGUGUCAACAAUGUUGUCCAGGAAGUGGAACUUGGUACCACCAGCGCCGUUGUCCAGUUCACUGAGCCAACUGCCUUUGACAUUUCUGGACAGGUUAAUCUGGUGAGCCAGACGGCCGCACCGGGGGAUGCUUUCCCUCUAGGAACAACCACUGUGACUUAUAUCUUCAGUGAUAACUCUAACAACGAAGCUGAUCCCUGUUCAUUCACUGUGACCGUUACAGCAAGUGAUAACACACCUCCCACCGUAAACUGCGUCAAUGAUGUCACCCAGACGGUUGAGCUUGGUUCGACCAGCACCCAGGUAUUCUUCGCAGAGCCUACAGCCUUUGAUAUCUCUGGAUCGGCCAACCUGGUAACACGCACAGCAGCCCCAGGAGACACCUUCCCUGUCGGCAUUACGACAGUCACCUACAUCUUCAGUGACGCAGCAGGAAACCAAGCACCGGCUUGCACCUUCAAUGUGAUCAUCAGUACAGUUGACACCACUCCACCAACGGUCAACUGCGUCAGCAACAUCGUACAGACUGUUGAGCUUGGAGCGACCAGUGUUGUCUUGAACUACGCAGAGCCAACCGCUACAGACGUCUCUGGAACUGCCUUCCUGGUGUCCAGGUCAAGUGCUCCAGGAGAUUCCUUUCCUCUAGGAUCAACCACCGUGACCUAUGUCUUCAGCGACCAGAGUGGCAAUAACGCACUGCCUUGUGUUUUCACCAUCACUGUCGGAACUGUUGACACCAUGACACCAAUGUUCACAAGUUGCCCAACCAACAUCGUGCAGUCAGUGGAACUUGGUAUACCAGGAACUGUCAUCAGCUGGACCGUGCCCACAGCCAGCGAUGCUGCAGGUAUCGCUACGAUCGAAAGCAACAUCCAACCUGGCUCCUUCUUCAAUGUCGGAGAGACGGAAACCAUUCUGUACGUUGCGACCGAUAACAGCGGCCUCACUGAUAACUCCUGUACAUUCACCGUCACCGUCUUCUCAGUUGACACCACCCCUCCUACUGUGGUGUGUACCAACAAUAUCUUCCAGACUGUAGAGCUUGGUACAAACUCUGCAGAGGUUGUGUUCACGGAACCUACAGCCAGUGAUAUCUCCGGCCAGGCCAACCUCGUGAGCAGGACAGCCGCCCCAGGAGAUUCCUUCCCGAUCGGAACCACAACGGUGACCUACAUCUUCGCGGACAACUCCGGGAACGUCGCAGAAGACUGUUCCUUCACAAUCACUAUCACAGCCCAGGAUAGCACCCCACCAACGGUGAACUGCAUCAAUGACGUCAUCCGCACCGUAGAGUUGGGCACCACCAGUGCUCAGGUCUUCUACAGUGAACCUACAGCAUCUGAUGUUGGCCAGGCUACCCUGAUCUCCAGGACUGUCCAGCCAGGUGAUAGCUUCCCAGUUGGCCUGACCACGGUUACCUACAUCUUUGGGGACAACGCUGGUAAUAUUGCUGAUCCUUGUGUUUUCACCAUUUCUGUGAAUACAGUUGAUACAACGCCGCCAACAGUAAACUGUGUGAGCGAUGUCGUCCGUGUUGUGGAACUUGGAACCACCAGCCUCGCCGUGGUGUACACUGAGCCCACUGCCACCGAUAUCUCCGGCACGGCUUCCCUCGUUUCACGAUCCCAUACCCCUGGACAGAACUUUCCGCUUGGCUCUACCGUGGUGUCCUACUUUUUCUCUGAUGCCAGUGGUAACAAUGCUCCAGCGUGUACUUUCACAGUGACCGUCACUACCCAGGAUACUAUUCCACCCACUGUAACCGACUGCCCAUCUAACAUUUUCGAAACUGUCGAACUUGGUAUCCCGGGAACUAUCGUGACCUUUAACCCACCUCAAGCGACAGAUGUAUCUGGCAUUGCGUCCGUCGUCUCCAACAUCCAGUCCGGGUCGUUCAUCAGUGCCGGUGAGACCAGGCAGGUCACCUACACCGUCACCGACAACAGCGGACUCACUGACACUUCCUGCACUUUCUCCAUCACCGUCAUCGCUGUUGAUACUUCUCCACCGACUAUUACUGUACCUAGCGAUGUAAUCACCCAGACCGUUGAACUUGGUCAACCGGGUACCAUAGUUAACUACCCUGAACCUACGGCAACUGAUCUCUCCGGCACUGCAAUUCUUGUAUCCCGGACGAACCAACCUGGUGACUUUUUCUCUGUUGGUCAGACUAUUGUGACCUACACUUUCCAGGAUCCUUCUGGAAACCCUGCCUCUGGCACAGUCACUAUCAAUGUUGUAGAAGUUGACACUACUCCACCUGCUAUCACUGUACCAAAUAGUGUAAUCACGCAGACAGUUGAACUUGGUCAACUGGGUACCAAUGUUAAUUACCCUGAACCUACUGCUACUGAUAUCUCUGGCACUGCAAAUCUUGUAUCCCGUACCAAUCAGCCCGGAGACUUUUUCUCCGUUGGUCAGACCGUUGUGACCUACACUUUCCAGGACCCCUCUGGAAACCCUGCCUCUGGCACAGUCACUAUCAAUGUUGUAGAAGUCGACACUACUCCACCGACUAUUUCUGUACCAAGUAGUACUGUCACUCGUGAAGUUGAGCUUGGUCAAACGGGCAUCAACAUCUUCUACCCUGAACCUACUGCAACUGAUAUCUCUGGCACUGCUAAUCUUGUAUCCCGUACCAACCAACCUGGUGACUUUUUCCCUGUUGGUCAGACUAUUGUGACCUACACUUUCCAGGAUCCAUCCGGAAACCCUGCCUCUGGCACUGUCACGGUCAUUGUUACUGAAGUUGAUACUACACCACCUACUGUAAACAUACCAACUAGAUCAGUCACCCGUGAAGUUGAACUUGGUCAAAGUGGCCUCAAUGUGUUUUACCCUGAGCCAACGGCAACUGAUAUCUCUGGUGUUGCUAAUCUUGUAUCCCGCACCAACCAACCCGGUGACUUUUUCCCUGUUGGUCAGACCGUUGUGACCUACACUUUCCAGGAUCCUUCCGGAAACCCUGCCAUCGGCUUUAUCACUAUCAAUGUUGUCGAAGUUGACACAACUCCACCGACUAUUUCCGUCCCAAGUAGUACCGUAACCCGCGAAGUUGAACUUGGUCAAACGGGUCUCAAUGUCUUUUACCCCGAACCAACUGCUACUGACCUGUCUGGUACUGCUAAUCUUGUAUCCCGUACCAAUCAACCUGGUGACUUUUUCCCUGUUGGUCAGACCGUUGUGACCUACACUUUCCAGGAUCCUUCUGGAAACCCUGCCUCUGGCACUGUCACUAUCAUUGUCAAUGAAGUUGACACUACUCCACCUGUUAUCACUGUGCCAAAUAGUGUAAUUACACAGACCGUUGAACUUGGUCAAUCUGGUACCAAUGUCAAUUACCCUGAACCUACUGCAACUGAUAUAUCUGGUGUUGCUAAUCUUGUAUCUCGGACGAACCAACCUGGUGACUUUUUCCUUGUUGGUCAGACCAUUGUGACCUACACUUUCCAGGAUCCUUCUGGAAACCCUGCCUCUGGCACAGUCACUAUCAAUGUUGUUGAAGUUGACACUACUCCACCAAGUAUUACUGUACCUAGCGAUGUAAUCACCCAGACCGUUGAGCUUGGUCAACCUGGUACCAAUGUCAAUUACCCUGAACCUACUGCUACUGAUCUCUCUGGCACCGCUAAUCUUGUAUCCCGUACCAAUCAGCCCGGAGACUUUUUCCCUGUUGGUCAGACUGUUGUGACCUACACUUUCCAGGAUCCUUCCGGAAACCCUGCCUCUGGCACAGUAACUAUCAAUGUUGUUGAAGUUGACACUACUCCACCAAGUAUUACUGUACCUAGCGAUGUAAUCACCCAGACCGUUGAGCUUGGUCAACCUGGUACCAAUGUCAAUUACCCUGAACCUACUGCAACUGACAUUUCUGGCACUGCUAAUCUUGUAUCACGUACCAACCAACCUGGUGACUUUUUCUCUGUUGGUCAGACCGUUGUGACCUACACUUUCCAGGAUCCUUCUGGAAACCCUGCCUCUGGCACUGUCACUAUCAAUGUUGUAGAAGUUGAUACUACUCCACCUACUAUAAAUGUACCAAGUAGUACUGUCACUCGUGAAGUUGAGCUUGGUCAAAGUGGUGUCAACGUCUUCUACCCUGAACCUACUGCAACUGAUAUCUCUGGCACUGCUAAUCUUGUAUCCCGUACCAACCAACCUGGUGACUUUUUCCCUGUUGGUCAGACCGUAGUGACCUACACUUUCCAGGAUCCAUCCGGAAACCCUGCCUCUGGCACUGUCACGGUCAUUGUUACUGAAGUCGACACUACUCCACCGACUAUUUCUGUACCAAGUAGUACUGUCACUCGUGAAGUUGAGCUUGGUCAAACUGGUGUCAAUGUCUUCUACCCUGAACCGACUGCAUCUGAUAUCUCUGGUGUUGCUAAUCUUGUAUCCCGUACCAAUCAACCUGGUGACUUUUUCCCUGUUGGUCAGACCGUUGUGACCUACACUUUCCAGGAUCCUUCUGGAAACCCUGCCUCUGGCACUGUCACGGUCAUUGUUACUGAAGUCGACACCACUCCACCCACUAUUUCUGUUCCAAGUAGUACUGUCACUCGUGAAGUUGAGCUUGGUCAAACUGGUGUCAAUGUCUUCUAUCCUGAACCGACUGCAUCUGAUAUCUCUGGUGUUGCUAAUCUUGUAUCCCGUACCAAUCAACCUGGUGACUUUUUCCCUGUUGGUCAGACCGUUGUGACCUACACUUUCCAGGAUCCUUCUGGAAACCCCGCCUCUGGCACUGUCACGGUCAUUGUUACUGAAGUUGACACUACUCCACCAUUUAUCACUGUACCAAAUAGUGCAAUCACACAGACAGUUGAACUUGGUCAGUCGGGUACCAAUGUCAAUUACCCUGAACCUACUGCGACUGAUAUCUCUGGCACCGCUAAUCUUGUAUCCCGUACCAAUCAGCCCGGAGAUUUUUUCCCUGUUGGUCAGACCGUUGUGACCUACACUUUCCAGGAUCCUUCUGGAAACCCUGCCUCUGGCACAGUCACUAUCAAUGUUGUAGAAGUUGACACUACUCCACCUGUUAUCACUGUGCCAAAUAGUGUAAUCACCCAGACCGUUGAGCUUGGUCAACCUGGUACCAAUGUCAAUUACCCUGAACCUACUGCUACUGAUAUCUCUGGUGUUGCUAAUCUUGUAUCUCGGACGAACCAACCUGGUGACUUUUUCCCCAUUGGUCAGUCCGUUGUGACCUACACUUUCCAGGAUCCUUCCGGAAACCCUGCCUCUGGCACAGUUACUAUCAAUGUUGUUGAAGUUGACACUACUCCACCAAGUAUUACUGUACCUAGCGAUGUAAUCACCCAGACCGUUGAGCUUGGUCAACCUGGUACCAAUGUCAAUUACCCUGAACCUACUGCUACUGACAUUUCUGGCACUGCUAAUCUUGUAUCACGUACCAACCAACCUGGUGACUUUUUCCCUGUUGGUCAGACCGUUGUGACCUACACUUUCCAGGAUCCUUCUGGAAACCCUGCCUCUGGCACUGUCACUAUCAAUGUUGUAGAAGUUGAUACUACUCCACCUACUAUAAAUGUACCAAGUAGUACUGUCACUCGUGAAGUUGAGCUUGGUCAAAGUGGUGUCAACGUCUUCUACCCUGAACCUACUGCAACUGAUAUCUCUGGCACUGCUAAUCUUGUAUCCCGUACCAACCAACCUGGUGACUUUUUCCCUGUUGGUCAGACUGUUGUGACCUACACUUUCCAGGAUCCAUCCGGAAACCCUGCCUCUGGCACUGUCACGGUCAUUGUUACUGAAGUCGACACUACCCCACCGACUAUUUCUGUACCAAGUAGUACUGUCACUCGUGAAGUUGAGCUUGGUCAAACUGGUGUCAAUGUCUUCUACCCUGAACCGACUGCAUCUGAUAUCUCUGGUGUUGCUAAUCUUGUAUCCCGUACCAAUCAACCUGGUGACUUUUUCCCUGUUGGUCAGACCGUUGUGACCUACACUUUCCAGGAUCCUUCUGGAAACCCUGCCUCUGGCACUGUCACGGUCAUUGUUACUGAAGUCGACACCACUCCACCCACUAUUUCUGUUCCAAGUAGUACUGUCACUCGUGAAGUUGAGCUUGGUCAAACUGGUGUCAAUGUCUUCUAUCCUGAACCGACUGCAUCUGAUAUCUCUGGUGUUGCUAAUCUUGUAUCCCGUACCAAUCAACCUGGUGACUUUUUCCCUGUUGGUCAGACCGUUGUGACCUACACUUUCCAGGAUCCUUCUGGAAACCCCGCCUCUGGCACUGUCACGGUCAUUGUUACUGAAGUUGACACUACUCCACCAUUUAUCACUGUACCAAAUAGUGCAAUCACACAGACAGUUGAACUUGGUCAGUCGGGUACCAAUGUCAAUUACCCUGAACCUACUGCAACUGAUAUCUCUGGCACCGCUAAUCUUGUAUCCCGUACCAAUCAGCCCGGAGAUUUUUUCCCUGUUGGUCAGACCGUUGUGACCUACACUUUCCAGGAUCCUUCUGGAAACCCUGCCUCUGGCACAGUCACUAUCAAUGUUGUAGAAGUUGACACUACUCCACCUGUUAUCACUGUGCCAAAUAGUGUAAUCACCCAGACCGUUGAGCUUGGUCAACCUGGUACCAAUGUCAAUUACCCUGAACCUACUGCUACUGAUAUCUCUGGCACUGCUAAUCUUGUAUCUCGGACGAACCAACCUGGUGACUUUUUCCCUGUUGGUCAGACCGUUGCGACCUACACUUUCCAGGAUCCUUCCGGAAACCCUGCCUCUGGCACAGUUACUAUCAAUGUUGUUGAAGUUGACACUACUCCACCAAGUAUUACUGUACCUAGCGAUGUAAUCACCCAGACCGUUGAGCUUGGUCAACCUGGUACCAAUGUCAAUUACCCUGAACCUACUGCUACUGACAUUUCUGGCACUGCUAAUCUUGUAUCCCGUACCAACCAACCUGGUGACUUUUUCCCUGUUGGUCAGACCGUUGUGACCUACACUUUCCAGGAUCCUUCUGGAAACCCUGCCUCUGGCACUGUCACUAUCAAUGUUGUAGAAGUUGAUACUACUCCACCUACUAUAAAUGUACCAAGUAGUACUGUCACUCGUGAAGUUGAGCUUGGUCAAAGUGGUGUCAACGUCUUCUACCCUGAACCUACUGCAACUGAUAUCUCUGGCACUGCUAAUCUUGUAUCCCGUACCAACCAACCUGGUGACUUUUUCCCUGUUGGUCAGACUGUUGUGACCUACACUUUCCAGGAUCCAUCUGGAAACCCUGCCUCUGGCACUGUCACGGUCAUUGUUACUGAAGUCGACACUACUCCACCGACUAUUUCUGUACCAAGUAGUACUGUCACUCGUGAAGUUGAACUUGGUCAAACGGGUGUCAACGUCUUCUACCCUGAACCUACUGCUACUGAUAUCUCUGGCACUGCUAAUCUUGUAUCCCGUACCAACCAACCUGGUGACUUUUUCCCUGUUGGUCAGACUGUUGUGACCUACACUUUCCAGGAUCCAUCCGGAAACCCCGCCUCUGGCACUGUCACGGUCAUUGUUACUGAAGUUGACACUACUCCACCGACUAUUUCUGUACCAAGUAGUACUGUCACUCGUGAAGUUGAACUUGGUCAAACGGGUGUCAACGUCUUCUACCCUGAACCUACUGCUACUGAUAUCUCUGGCACUGCAAAUCUUGUAUCCCGUACCAACCAACCUGGUGACUUUUUCCCUGUUGGUCAGACUGUUGUGACCUACACUUUCCAGGAUCCUUCUGGAAACCCUGCCUCUGGCACUGUCACGGUCAUUGUUACUGAAGUCGACACUACUCCACCGACUAUUUCUGUACCAAGUAGUACUGUCACUCGUGAAGUUGAGCUUGGUCAAACUGGUGUCAAUGUCUUCUACCCUGAACCGACUGCAUCUGAUAUCUCUGGUGUUGCUAAUCUUGUAUCCCGUACCAAUCAACCUGGUGACUUUUUCCCUGUUGGUCAGACUGUUGUGACCUACACUUUCCAGGAUCCAUCCGAAAACCCCGCCUCUGGCACGGUUACUAUCAUUGUUACUGAAGUUGACACUACUCCACCUGUCGUCACUGUACCAAAUACUAUAAUCACCCAGACUGUUGAACUUGGUCAACCGGGUACCAAUGUUAAUUACCCUGAACCUACAGCAACUGAUAUCUCUGGCACUGCUAAUCUUGUAUCCCGUACCAAUCAGCCCGGAGACUUUUUCCCCGUUGGUCAGACCGUUGUGACCUACACUUUCCAGGAUCCUUCUGGAAACCCUGCAACUGGCACAGUCACUAUCAAUAUUGUAGAAGUUGACACUACUCCACCGACUAUUACUGUACCUAGCGAUGUAAUCACCCAGACUAUUGAACUUGGUCAACCGGGUACCAAUGUUAACUAUCCUGAACCUACAGCAUCGGAUAUCUCUGGCACUGCAAAUCUUGUAUCCCGGACCAACCAACCUGGUGACUUUUUCCCCGUUGGUCAGACCGUUGUGACGUACACUUUCCAGGAUCCUUCCGGAAACCCUGCCUCUGGCACUGUCACUAUCAAUGUAGUUGAAGUCGAUACCAUACCGCCCUCAGUGGUAUGUACCAGUAACAUCGUCCAGACCGUAGAGCUUGGCACAGCAGUUGCUCAGGUGUUCUACACUGAGCCAACCGCUUCAGAUGUCUCUGGCGUAGCGGACCUCGUCAGCAGGACCAACAUGCCAGGGGAUUCCUUCCCGGUUGGAACCACCACGGUGACUUACGUCUUUCAGGACGACUCUGGCAACGUUGCAGAUGAUUGUUCCUUUACGAUCACGGUAACAGCUCAGGAUACCACACCACCCUCUGUUGUCUGCACCAGCAGUAUCACCCGCACCGUCGAGCUCGGAACCACUAGCACCCCGGUUUUCUUCGUCGAACCCACUGCUACGGACAUCUCUGGAACGGCCAACCUGGUGACCAGGACGGCUGCUCCUGGAGACUCCUUCCCUGUCGGUGUCACUUCCGUCACCUACAUCUUUGCGGACGCCGAAGGCAACCAGGCCGAUCCCUGUGUCUUCACCAUUACCGUUGAAACAGAGGACACAACCCCACCCACCGUCCAGUGCAUUGAUAACAUCUUCCGGAACGUGGAGCUUGGAACCACCAGUCUGGUGGUCUUCUACUCUGAACCCUCUGCAACCGACAUCUCUGGACAGCCACUCCUGGACUCCCGUACCAACGCCCCAGGAGACUCCUUCCCCCUUGGAACUACCACCAUCUCUUACAUCUUCACCGACCCCAGUGGUAACGAUGCUGCUCCUUGCAUCUUCACCAUCACAAUCACGGCCACCGAUACCACUCCACCCACGGUCACCAACUGCCCCGAGAGCAUCUCUCAAUCAGUGGAGCUGGGUAGCACCGGUACAAUCAUCACCUACACAGCACCUACCGCCAUGGAUCUCUCAGGGAUCGCAUCCAUAAUCCCCAGCAUCCCGCCUGGGACAUUCUUUGCUGUAGGAGAGACCCAACAGGUCACCUAUACUGUGACGGAUAACAACGGACUAUUGGAUUCCUCCUGUACCUUCACUGUCACUGUCUUUUCUAUUGACACCACUCCACCUGACGUAACCUGUGCCAUGAACAUCAUCCAAAGCGUGGAGCUUGGAACGCAGUCCGUCCCGAUCACCUACGAGGAACCCACUGCAACGGACAUCUCUGGUGUGGUCAUCUUGACCAGUCAGUCCCACUCUCCUGGAGACUUCUUCCCCGUGGACCAGACCACCACCGUGACCUACAUCUUCACGGAUGGUGCCGGAAACCAGGCCGAUCCCUGUACCUUCACCAUCCAGAUCGUAUCUGAUGACUCUAUGCACCCAACUGUUAUCUGUACCAAUGAUGUUGUGCGUGUCGUCGAGCUCGGAACCGCAGGCGUAGAGGUCUUCUACCAGGUUCCCUCGGCCACAGAUAUUUCCGGUACCGAAGAGAUUAUUAGCAACAGCAACAAUCCUGGGGAUUUCUUCCCGGUUGGGGUGACCACGGUGAGCUACCUCUUUGCAGAUGCCUCAGGCAAUGUAGCCCCUGUGUGUACCUUCACCGUUACCGUCAAUACAGUCGAUACCACUCCACCAACCGUCCAGAACUGCCCCGAGGACAUCGUAGUCACCGUUGAGCUUGGAACAGCCUCCACUCCUGUUGUCUGGGCCCUGCCCACCGCUACCGACGUCUCGGGAACUGCUGUCAUCCAGUCCCAGACCAGGCAGCCUGGUGAUGAGUUCAGUGCAAGCACCACCACCACCAUCAACAUUGUCUUUGUUGAUGACUCCAACAAUGUGGCUGAUCCCUGCACUUUCACUGUGACAGUCACUACUGAGGAUACAACUCCACCAACCGUCCAGAACUGCCCAGCCGACAUCAUCCGCACCAUUGAGAUCAACUCUGCUUCUGAGAUCCCCAUCACGUGGAUGCCACCAACGGCCACUGAUAUCUCCGGAACACAGUUCAUCAGCUCUCAGACUGCCAAUGUUGGCCAGAACUUCCCUGUUGGUUCCACCGUUGUCACCUACAUCUUCUCCGAUGCCUCCGGAAAUGAUGCUGACCCUUGCAGCUUCAAUGUCAUCAUCUUAACUGAGGACACUACCCCGCCGUCCAUCCUCAACUGCCCCAGCGACAUCACCGAGACCACGCCCCUCAACUCUGGCGGCAAGGUCAUCGUGUUUGUCGCCCCCACGGCCGUGGACAACUCCAACCAGGACCCGACCGUCACCGUAUCCAACCAACCAAACACUUUCUUCUUCACCGGAGAGACUGUGGUGACCUACACCUUCACCGACCAGGCCCUGAAUCCAUCCUCCUGCUCUUUCACGGUGACCGUCAUCGAGGUUGACACAGAGAAACCAGUCAUUCAGAACUGCCCAUCGGACAUCAAUGUCAACACCCCUCUUGGAACCGCCUUGACCGUAGUCACCUGGCCUGCCUUGACCGUUACCGACAACUCUGGACAGACCUCUGUCCAGUCUCAGACUGCUGCCUCUGGUGAUUCUUUCUCACCAGGAAGGACUGUAGUUACCAUCGUUUACCAGGAUCCGUCAUCAAACACCGAACAGUGUCAAUUCACCAUCAUAGUUACUGAAGUCGACAACUCCGAUCCAGAGAUCCUGUCCUGUCCCGAGGACAUCACCUCUGAAGUUCCUGUGGAAGCCUCCGGCGCUACCGUCACCUGGAAUGCCCCAGUGGUCACUGACAACUCCGGUAUCCCGCCAACGGUCACCAGCACCCGUCUGCCAGGCACAUUCUUCCUCCGUGGAUCCACCCAGGUCACCUAUACCUUCACAGACAACUCCGGAAACCAGGUGUCCUGUUCCUUUGUUGUGUCUGUCAUUGCUGUUGACGAGGUUGCUCCAGUCGUAGUCUGUCCUGAAAACAUUGUCGAGACUAUCCUCGAGGGAGUUGACAGUGCCUACGUGACCUUCGACCUUCCAACAGUGACUGAUAACAAUGGCGCCACCAAUUUUGUGUCAUCAACAGCCAGCAGCGGAGAUCCAUUCCCAGUUGGUACCACCGUUGUGACUUUCACCUACGUUGAUAACAAUAACAAUGAAGCUUCCUGCAGUUUCAGCGUCACUGUCUUGACAGACACUCCUUGCUCACCCAACCCCUGUUUCAACGCCGGCGCCUGCGUGGUCAACAGCCUCACGGAGUACCAGUGCGUCUGUACCGAGUGCUUCACCGGCACCAACUGCGAGACCCAGCUGAAUGCCUGCGACAACAACCUCUGUCAGAACGGUGCCGGCUGUGUGGCCUACGAGGGCUCCUGCGACAGCUACUACUGCGAGUGUCCGUCCUGCUUCGUGGGUGUCUACUGUGAUGUUCCUGUGGAUGCCUGUGAUAACCAUCAGUGUCAGAACGGAGGUGCUUGCGUCCUGGAUGAUGACACUUGCCUGACCUACACCUGCUCAUGCCCACUCUGCUACACGGGGGAGUUCUGUCAGACAAAGGUCGAUGCUUGUGACAAUCACCAGUGUCAGAACGGUGCUGCUUGUGAACCUAAAGGAGAGCUGUGUACUGAAUACACCUGUCAGUGCUCUGGGUGCUUCACCGGGGAUCUCUGUGAUGAAGUGCGUGAUCCAUGCAACCCCAGCCCAUGUCUGAACAAUGCUCAAUGUAACGUCCUUGGUGACAACUGUUACUCGUACACCUGCGAGUGCGUCGGAUGUUUCACUGGCUUCAACUGCGAAGAUCCCAUCCCAUCACCAUGCGACAACAACCCAUGCCAGAAUAAUGGAGUUUGCUCGGUCAUUGCAGGAGUGUGCUCAGGCUACCAGUGCUCUUGCCCCGAUGGAUUCACUGGAGUUAACUGCGAAGAUACCACCAUCGUCAACACCAAUCCCUGCAACAACUUCCCCUGCAGCAAUGGAGGUACUUGCACCACCAUCGAUUCCGACAGCUACAACUGUCUCUGUGUCCCAGGCUACACUGGAAUCAACUGCCAGACCCCAUCCGCCAACUCUCCGGGUCAGGACAGCUGCAACUCCUCUCCUUGCCAGAAUGGAGCCUCCUGUGUGAACAGCUACGAUAGCAGCACUGGAACCGUCUUCUAUCUACCUCAGUACACCUGUAUCUGUGAGACCGGUUUCACUGGACCCAACUGUGGAUCUAACACUGCUACCAGCCCAUCAUUGGAUGUAUGUUCCUCUGGAGUGGAGCCACCCUGUCAGAAUGGAGGAACAUGUACCAACAUGUACCAGAGCUUCUCCCAAGGAAUGGAUUUCUAUUGCGACUGCCCGAUUGGCUGGACUGGACACACCUGUGAAACACCAUCCAUCAACCCUUGUGCCAGUGGCCCUUGUGAGAAUGGUGGUAUCUGCAUGCCCUUCAACACAUACUUCCAGUGCGAUUGCCCAGAAGGUUUCUUCGGUACUACCUGCGAGGUUGCUCAGGGUGACACUGAACGACCAACUAUCUCCAACUGUCCUGAGGACAUCACUCGUACCAUCUCAUCCUCAAGUGGUAUCUCAGUUACAUGGGUAGAGCCAACAGCUACAGAUGCUGGCACCACGCAACGUCUCCUUCGCUCUCACACACCCGGAUCUUUCUUCCCGCUCGGAGACACUGCCGUCAAUUACGUCUUCACUGAUAACAGUGCCAACCUAGCAACAUGUACUUUCUACAUCACUGUCACAUUGGCUGAGACAGACAACGUCCCUCCCGUUAUCCAGAACUGUCCAUCUACCUCCGUCGCCCAGGCCCCUGCAGGUAGCACAUCCGCGGAGGUCUCCUGGAUUGUACCUUCAGCUACUGAUAACAGUGGAAUCGCUGUUACUGUCUCCAACAACUACAACCCAGGCGACGCCUUCCCGGUGGGCGAAACUGUUGUUGCCUAUACCUUCACUGAUGAUGCAGGAAACCAGAAUACUUGUACUUUCUCCGUCAGAGUUGUUGUUGAAGUGGUCAACCAAUCACCAACCAUCACCUUCUGUCCCUCUGGUACCCUCACCUACUCAACCCUUGGUGCCGACAGCGUUGUCGUCAACUUCCCUGCACCAACGGCCGUAGAUGACUCUGGUUUCACACCAUCAGUUAACUCCAACUUCGUCCCUGGACAGUCUUUUGAUGUUGGAUCUUACACUGUGACUUAUACAUUCACCGAUAACAUUGGCUUGACCAGUGAUUGUACCUUCAACAUCUUAGUUGUUUCUGGAGGCGAUGUAAGGCCACCGACCAUCUCAGACUGCCCUAAUGGUGCCAUCACCGCCCUCGCCGGAACUGGAGCCUCCGGCGCUUCGGUCAGCUGGACUGCCCCUACUGCUACCGACGUUUCUGGCCCAGUGACCUCCACCAGCAACUACAGCCCCGGUGCUUUCUUCCCAGUCGGUACCACGACGGUUACCUAUACCUUCACUGACCAAGUUGGCAACGAGGCUCGAUGCGUCUUCAAUGUCAUUGUGACAGGAACCAACGUCAACGAGACCCCGGCCCCAACCAACCUGGCCCUCGCCCCCACCACCAACACCAUCACCGCCACCUGGACACCCCCCAACGGUGCCUUCAACAGCUACCAGCUCACCAUCAGCGGCGGUUCCAUUGUCAACACCCAGACCCUACCGCAAUCAUCCAGCUCUUAUACAGCCACCGGCCUGGAGCCUGCCACCGCAUACGUCGUGACCCUGGUUGCCAAUGGUAACGCAGGUGCCAGCAACAGCAUCUCUGAAACAGCUACCACCAACCCAGAGCAAGGUCAACCACCCUCGUCACCCUCCAACGUCAACCUCGCUCCCAGCCAGACCUCCAUCACCGUUUCAUUCGAUGCUGCCUCUGGUGACGUCACCGGCUACAACGUGGGCCUUGGUACGACGUCCAACGCAGACGAUGUGACAACGACCCUGGCCCCGGGCUCUACAAGUUACACCUUUGGAAGCCUUUCUCCUUCGACGCAAUACUUCGUCUCGGUCCAGGCUUUCAAUGGGUUUGGCUCAAGUCCGUCUGUUGUGCAGUCUGCAACAACAUCUGAUGUUGUCAUACCAGACACCGACAUUUUCAUCACCAACUGCCCUGUAAGCAUUGCUGCUUCCCUGCCCUUUGGGAGCUAUGCUUUUGUGGACUGGGAAGAUCCAGUGGCUACCUCACCCCUUGGUGCCGUGGACCAGACUGGCGGACCCCUCAGCUCCUCUGGUUACUUCCAGACCGGCACCUAUCCUAUCGUUUACGAGUUCCAGGAUGUCAAUGGCAACAGCGCCACCUGCUCAUUCAAUGUUUAUGUUACUGAUGGCAGUGACAACACUCCCCCAGAGGUAACCUUCUGUCCCAGCAACGUUGUGGUCCAGGCUGCCUCGGGCCAGAGCAGUGCUGUAGUCACCUGGAAUGUUCCCACCGCUACCGAUGCCUCUGAACCCAUAACUGCAGUCAGCAACUACUCCCCUGGUGACUCCUUUGAUGUUGGCACCUACCUGGUUGUCUAUAACCUCAUCGAUAACGCUGGUUUAUACUCGACUUGCAGCUUUGAGGUUACAGUGACGGCAAGUGGAGUUAUCACUGAUAUGGAAGACCCCGAACUGACCAACUGCCCAACUGAUAUCGUGUCCAUUGCUAACCUUGGUAGCUCCUCCAUGGUGGUGUCCUGGAUAGCUCCCGACGCCACGGACAACUCUGGCUCUGUUACCGUGACGGUCAGUACCCCAUCAGGUAGCACUUUCCCCAUCGGAACCACAACGGUCACCUACACUGCAACUGACGCCACUGGAAACACCGAUUCCUGCAGCUUCGACAUCACUGUCCUGUCUGCUGAAGACAACACACCGCCAACCCUGUCCAACUGCCCUUCAGACAUGACCGUCUUUGCCGCACAGAACGCCCAAGGUGCAGUAGCGGGAUGGUCAUCGCCAUCUGCCACUGACAACUCUGGGGAGAACGUGGCCAUCACCAGUGACUUUGCCUCCGGAACCCUGUUCCCCAUCGGAGCCACCCUCGUGACCAUCACAGCCACGGACAGCUCUGGCAACAUCGACACCUGUUCAUUCACAGUUACAGUCAUAGGUGCUACUGACAACGUCGGCCCAGUCACCUCUAACUGCCCUGCAUCCCGGACGAUCACGGCCGCAAUUGGAUCCACCUCUGCUGUCGCAACCUGGACUGACCCUACCUUUACAGACAGCUCCGGUGUUCGCUCCGUCACCAGCAACUUCAACUCUGGCUCUUCCUUCCCCAUCGGUACCACCAUUGUCACUUACACCGCGACUGAUACCUUGGGUAACACUGGAGUGUGUUCUUUUAGCAUCAACGUCAUCGCUGGAACUGAUAGCACUCGACCAACCUUUAUCAACUGCCCGAGCGCCAUAGAAGCAUCUGUCCCCUUCGGCAGCACAGGAACAACCGUCACCUGGACCGAACCCAUCGCUUUAGACAACAGCGGUUCAGCCACUGUGGUUGCUUCACAGACCUCUGGUACUUUCUUCAGUGUCGGGGCCACCACCGUGGUCUACACAGCCACCGAUCCUAGUGGAAAUUUUGAAACUUGCUCUUUCGUUGUAACUGUCUCAGAACCCGUGGACGUGACCCCGCCAGAACUCCAGAACUGCCCCACCGGAAUCAGCGCCACCGUCAACCCUGGCUCAUCGUUCGCCGUCGUCACCUGGACGCCUCCCACAGCGACCGACAACCUUGGAACCCCGGUGGUCCUUAGCAACUUCCCAUCAGGCUCCUCCUUCCCGAUUGGCACCACCACGGUCACCUACACCGCGGUUGACGGAAACGGUAACGACGCCUCCUGCAGCUUCGACGUGGUUGUCACAAACGGUGCCACGAACGCAGCACCUGUUGUCACCUUCUGCCCCAACAAUGGAGCUGUUUACUUCACCGCUCCAGAGGGCAGCAGUAUCAACGUUGACUUUGCUCCGCCCACGGCCACCGAUGAUUCUGGAUCAGUCACGACAACCUCCACCAAUGAACCAGGAGAUGAGUUUGCCCUAGGACAACACACCGUCACUUACACCUUCAGCGAUGCCCAAGGACUCACUGCAAGCUGUACUUUCUCUUUCGAAGUACAAGUUGGUGGUAACCCAUGUUCCAGUAACCCCUGUUCUCCCAGUGAGCAGUGUUUCUACAUCCCAAGUCAAUACCUCUGUAUCAACAACGGAAGGAGAAGGAGAGAAGCUGAGAUGCUUGACCUUAGCGAUGUGUGCCCAUGUGAGAAUGGUGGAAUCUGUCUCCUAGACGACGCUACAUCCUCUGCCACUUGUGAGUGUCCCGUUGGCUACACUGGUGUACUUUGUGAGAUCGACACACUACCUGCUGCCAACGUCAACGUCCACAACACCAACAGGUACCACGACGGCGAGAUCCAGGAAUGGUCUAGUGGAAAUAGUGCCCUCUUGUGGACUGUAAUCAUCUGCAUGGCAAUUAUGCUCGUCGUCAUCAUCUCUUUGUCUGCGUUGCUUUGUUACGUUGUGCCUCGCCUCGUCACGAUCCGCCAACAUCGAAGCAAGAUAGACGAAAUCCCAAUUAUGCAAUGAAUGGAAUACUGCAAGCAAGACUUUAAUUUGCAAGUACUAUAACCUGAAUGUAUUCAUGUAUAUCGUAGAUUCUAUCGCCUAUUUUUUGUGUCAAAUUAUUAGAAUCUGAAUAUUGCGAUGCACAUAUUCUUGUAAAAUCCUAUACAGAUUGUGUAUGUUCAUUGUGUCAAAGUACUAGAUCUGACUAUUGCAAUGCACAUGUGUUUGUGAAAUUCUUUGCUAACCAUGAAUGCAUUUCACUUGUUUCAUGAUUUCUCCAAAAUGGAAGUCUUGCGGCAGUAUUGUAAUGUUUAUUUGUAAUUCAAGUCUUUCUAACCAUGCUGUAUUGUGCUAUUCUUGUUUGUAAAUAUAUUAUUUCUGUGUAUAGUCAUCCCCAAGCCAAACCUCUUAUGCAUACCUAGCAGUAGAUUUUAACAAGAUGUCUUUAGGUAAUCUUUUUAUUAUGCAAAAAAUGUGCUUUAUUUCAUCUGUUUAAUCCAUUGUUGAUAAACCAAUGAUAUUAUACCCCCCCUGUUUAAUUAAAGAAUUUAUUCUCUCCCACUGCGGUGAAUGCUUGUGUUUUCUUCCCGAAAUUCGGUGUGAAAUUUGGUAUGUUGUAUUAACUUGGCUUUCGCUGAAAACUUGUGUGCACUUCCAGGUGCAGAUUUAGCUGAAUUAGAAACAGUACCAUUUCAGGGGUCAUAUUAUUUGCACAAUAUACUCGGCCUCAAAAUUGUUUAGUCCAAUCCAGCCGGAUCCGUGCCUGCAUUCUUCGAUCUACUUUUGACAGCUUCAAUGAUUGCCAACUGCCAAAUAAGGCUAUGAUUUGGUUGUUUUGGGGGGAGAGCUCUAUGUUUGGAAGUAUUUGGAUACUAUUUUGCUUCAGGUAUUCUAGAAGCAAUGUCGUAGGGUGUGUGAUUCCCUGACUGCUAUAUUGAGUCUACUCUUCGUUUACAAGUAUUUCAAUAUCAAAGCAUUUCAGAAAUGCCAAAUAUAUCAUGCUUUAUUGCAUUCAUUUCUUUAUAUAUAAAUAUAUAUUGCAGAAUUUUAUCUUGAAUUACAGUAACUUUAGUUUUUCACGAAUUCUGUUGUUUUUAUAUACGUUAUUUUAUCUUAAUCACAAAAUUAUGGUUGCAUAGAAAAUGAAUUUAGCGACGUGUCUGUUUUCGUGAUAUUAUAGAUUUGAGUUUUGAAAAUAUCUCAAUUUUUGUAAUUGAAUUAAAAGUGACCUGAUUGCAUUUGUAA